AUGGUUGCUGUACCUCCCCAUCUCCUCCGAGCUAUCUCGAAGAGCAAAGCAGCGACCCCCGAGCACCGAGAGAUAGCACUAGCAUCCCUUGCACACACAGAGCAGUUCUUGAAAAACAUCCAGGAGCGUCGGGAGCAGUAUUUGAAGACGUACAACCAAGUCCAGCAGCAGAUCGUUCCUCCUGCACUCUUUCGAAAUGUCAUCGCUUCAGAUCAAGCCGACGAUGCACAGCGUUCAAGAGCCAAAAGGGGCCUUGAACAUCUUGAAACUAUCAUCGGAAAAGUCAGAGGGGCACAGCAGGCGCUGGGCUCCUCGCAGUCCACAGAACCCGGGACCUCAUAUGUUGUCCAAUCGCUGACUGCUACGGACGACCCUCCCUACCGUGCUGUGCAUGACAUACACGAAAGUUCAAAUGAGGGCAAACUUCCUGGCGACCUCAUUCGCGAUAACGGGAAGAAGGAAGCCGAUACAAGCAAGCCAUCUUCUGAUAAGGCUGUCAAUGAGGCUUUUGACAACGUGGGACUCGUGUUGGGUUUCUACAAAAAGUUUUUCCAAUGGCUGUCAAUUGACAACAAGGAUAUGGACGUCAUCAGUACUGUUCACUUUGGUAAACAAUACGAAAAUGCUUUCUGGGACCCAGAAAAGCUUCAGAUGGUCUUCGGCGACGGCGGCGAGUUUCUCAACAACUUUACCGGAUGCAUCGAUGUAAUCGGCCAUGAGCUUACACACGCAGUUACAGAGCACACAAGCCCUCUUGACUACUAUGGUCAGGCCGGUGCUCUGAACGAGCAUGUCUCAGAUGCGUUCGGCAUCAUGGUGAAGCAAAGGGUUCAGGACGAGAAAUCGGACGUUGCAGACUGGUUAAUCGGCGAAGACUGCAUUCUUCCUGGAGUCAAGGGCACUGCUCUGCGAAGCAUGAAGGAGCCUGGAACUGCCUACGACGACCCGAUUUUUGGCAAAGAUCCGCAGGUUGGGCACAUGAAGCAAUUCAGGACAACAUACGAGGAUAACGGCGGAGUCCACAUAUAUUCUGGGAUCCCCAACAAAGCGUUCUAUCUAGCUUCUAUCUCGUUCGGCGGAUACUCUUAG